CCAAAUCAGAACCACCUGUAUCAACGCCAGAAUCAGUUACAAAUCAUGUUAUACCAUUUGAAAGUGAAACAGUUAAAAUACGAUCACAUAUUGUAUUAUUGGAACCAGCUCCAGCAAAUUAUAAAUUACCUGAACAAUUACCCGCAUCAUCUGUUAAUAUAUCGCCAAAUUUAAUUAAACCAAGUUUAGAUAAAUCAAAAUUCACUAAUCAACUUACCAUUAAUAAAGCUGCAUCAGGAGAUAAUCAUAUAGCGCAACCAGUUGAUACAGAAGCACGUGAAUUAGCUAGAGGCAAUGCAAAACCAGCUACAUGGAAAGAUUUACAUUGGGCAUUAAUUGGCAAACGUAAUUUAACUAGUGGUGAAUUAAAAGUUAAAGCAUUAUUCUCAUGGUUAUGUUCAAUUCCAGUUGGUCAUGUACCAUUUUUAACAUAUGAAGAAUUAGAACAAGCUGAUCAUGAUGGUGUCCCAUAUGCUAAAGAUGCUUUAUUGAAUAAAAGUAAAAAAUUACAAUCAGAUUCACCGGAAUUUGUACUCAAUGAAAUGUCUCAUGGAAAAGCUACAUAUCUUCAA